GAUCUGACGCUACUCAUUGUGCCUGCUGUCGGAAGAGUGAGGGAGCGAGAAAAGUUAAGAUGGAGCCCCAGAAGAAGUUGAUCAACUCAGCAGAGAGUUGCGUGGACGAAGCCCUCCUCGGCCUCGUCAGGGCCUCCGCGGGCCUCUCUCUGCUAAAGGGCCACAGGGUCGUGCUUCGGUCUGACCUUGAAAACCUCAGGGGAAAAGUGGCCCUCCUCUCUGGAGGGGGGUCGGGCCACGAGCCCGCACACGCAGGUUAUAUCGGAGCAGGGAUGCUGUCGGCGGCUGUUGCAGGAGGAGUGUUUGCAUCGCCGCCUCCUGGCAGUGUCCUUGCUGCCAUUCUCUCCUUGCACAAUGCAGGAGCUUCUGGGGUCCUUCUCAUUGUGAAGAACUACACAGGUGACCGCCUUAACUUUGGAUUGGCUGCAGAGCAAGCUCGUAACCAGGGUGUUGCUGUUGACAUGGUGAUAGUUGCGGAAGACUGCGCCUUUGACCAACCAAGUAAGGCUGGAAGAAGAGGCUUGUGUGGCACUGUCUUCAUACAUAAGCUGGCUGGUGCUUUAGCAGAAGAGGGCUGCUCAUUGGAUCAGAUUGUUUCCAAGGUGACGGAGAUUUUAAAGGGGAUCGGCACUCUGGGGGUGAGUCUGUCUCCAUGCAGCGUUCCCGGCUGCCUGCCUUCCUUCGAUCUACCGCCAGGAGACAUGGAGGUCGGGCUGGGUAUCCACGGGGAACCUGGAGUAAAGAGGUCAAAGGUGGCCUCUGCUGAUGAGGUGGUCAAGACCAUGAUAGACCACAUGACCAACCCAAGCAGCCAAUCGCAUCUGCCGCUGAAAUCAGGAGACAGUGUGGUUGUGUGCGUGAACAACCUUGGAGCUCUGUCUUGCCUAGAGAUGGCUGUGGUGACUAGAUCGGCCAUCAUCUGCCUGGAAAGCCGUGGAGUGGUGGUUGCCAGGAUGAUGUCUGGGUUGUUCAUGACCUCUCUGGAGAUGGCAGGAGUGUCGCUGACCCUGAUGAGGGCUGACAAGGAAACACUGAGGCUGAUAGAUGCUAAGACUACUGCCCCUGCCUGGCCAAACCUCAGCAAUGUGUGUUUGAGUGGACGCAGCUACAUCACAGAACCACAAACAACCAUCAAACGGCCACAAGAUGAGAAGCACUCUGAAGGACCACUUAGUCCUGUGAUGCAUAAAGCCUUGGAGAAGAUUUGCUCCGCUCUGUUGGAAAAGCAGGAGGAACUCAAUUCCCUUGAUCGUGCUUCCGGGGAUGGAGACUGUGGUAAUACUCAUGCUCAGGCUGCUAGAGCCAUUCAGGAGUGGCUUCAAGGACAUGUGGUCCCCGGUUGCCCCAGGCAGCUGUUAUCGGUCGUUGCUGGAUUGGUGCAGGAAAAAAUGGGCGGGUCUUCAGGAGCGUUGUACAGUCUGUUCCUCACUGCGGCAGCCAGUCAUGUGACCGAGGGGCAGAGCAAUGCUGCAGCCUGGGCCACUGCUAUGAAUGCUGGGACAGAAGCAAUGAAAAAAUAUGGUGGUGCCGCCCCUGGAGACAGAACAAUGCUGGAUGCUUUGUGCCCUGCAGUUGAUGAACUGAUUAAGCUGGCCACAGCUCCAUCUGGUGGAGACAUGGCUGUACUGCAAAGUGCUGUGAAGAAAGCUGCUUCAGGAGCGGAGGCAACUCGUGACCUUAAAGCAAGGGCUGGGAGAGCCAGCUACAUCUCACCCAACCUGGUUAGCCUGCCAGACCCUGGUGCUGUAGCUGUGGCAACCAUCUUGAAAGCUAUUCUGGAGGUGCUAGAGGGGCGAAAGUGAUGCAGCCACCAGGAUAAGAGUAGAGGGCUAAUGCUACCUAAACAAAACUGUGAUGCAAGAGUGAUUAUCAUUUAAAAUAUUUUGAUUUUGUGAUGCAUAUUUUACAUUUUUGGAAGCGAUUUUUCACACUAUACACAAAGUAAGUCAUUACAAGCUGUUAAACUGAGUUUACGAAACAAAAGGAUGUAAAAAUUAUGGCAGCAGUGCAAAGAUGUAUAGCAAAAAUCAAGAAAAAUAACUUGGGUAUUGUCUCUAAAACAUAUUCCAUUGAAAACCAAAUCAUAUGAACAGCAGGAGACUUUUGUAGCAGAAGGGAAUAUUCAUAGUUUCUACUAAUAAAGGAAAAAUCUAUUAAUAGAUUGGUGUUAGUGAUUUUGGUAUUUGUUAUUAAAAAAGCAAGAUCCAUUUA